CUCGCCGGCGCGGCCGCCGUAACGCGCCUACCUCGAUGCGCUCGGCGCUCGCAGGAGUUGGCGACGAUCGGUGUUCGGCUCCCUCCGGUGGCGAGCGUGUGACCGGAGCGACCCCGGCCCGGCCCGUGUCCCCCCCCCCGCCCCGCCGGCGACAUGUCCACCGCAAUGAAUUUCGGCAGCAAAACCUUCCAGCCGCGGCCGCCGGACAAGGGCGCCUUCCCGCUGGAUCACUUCGGGGAGUGCAGCGCCUUCAAGGAGCGGUUCAUGGAGUGUCUCCGCGACAGCGGCUACGAGAGCGGCGCCUGCCGGCAGCGCGCCAUGGCCUACCUGGAGUGCCGCAUGGAGAGGCAACUUAUGGCUAAUGAACCACUGGAAAAAUUGGGAUUUAAAGAUCUGAUAGAUGAGAAAUCAGAAGCAAAGCCUGAAAAGUUGUAAUGAAGAAAGACAACUUCACUCCUCAUGUAUGGAAAGCGUAACUCUUAUGUAGUACAUAUUGUACGUUCUGUUCAUAUUUCAAUAGGAAGCGUUUCCCUAAGAAACCCUUUUUCCCAAACCUGAUUUUCCUAAAAUCUGAUUUUUUGAAAUGAGCAAAAGUACUGUCUUUGUUUGCUUUCCUCAAGUAUUUCUUAACUUUUCUUUCAAUUUCUCUAGACUACUCUUAAAGAUCCAUAAGAACAUUUUGUCUGGGAGAGAUCAAUUACUGCCUGCAGCAUUCUCCACAUCUCUGUAAGAACAGAACAGCAAAGCCUUAUUUUAAAAAGAUUUAAAAAAAACCCCAAACCCUAAAACCCAACAACUUUAUUGUGUAGAUCUUGAACUACAGAUUAAUCUUAAUGUGGAUAUUACUAAUAUGCUUACACAGUUACUUGUCAGUGGAAAUAAAGCUGUGGUAUUUGCAAGUUGCUUUUCAUUAAAUGCAGGUGUUGAUCCCCAUCUUUGGGGUGAUCUCGUUCUCCCCCUGCUACAGAAAACACUUAGAUACUGGGGCAGCGUUUUUUUUCAGUCUUUUAACUUCCGUCGUUGUUGGGAGAGUAUUUCUAGUUCCGGACACCAGUCAGGGAGUGAUUCUGCUUUUUAUUUACCAUGCCAACGGCGUUCACCUAACUUUUAUUUCAUCAUUUAGCUGGGAAUCUUUCAUUAUGGAUAUAUUAAUCUCUCCAAGUAGAGCUGCCAUACGAGUUUUUUUAAUACCUCUAUGGUGAAAUCAGGGUGGAGACAGGAAUGGUAUUUAUUUGUGUUCUAAGUAACUAUGAACUCCACAUAUAAAUGGGACUGGACAAUUUUAUUCUUUUAAAAACAAAUGUUUAAUGUACAAAACAGGCUAGAUCAAAAUUUCUAUUUAAGAAGUAUCGUGUUUGAUUCCAAAACAUGUAGCUGCAGCCCAUAUGCUGAGAAGGUAAUGCAGCAGGCCAUGCAGUGAUGUGCAGUCAGGUCUGAGUGUGUCUUUAAGGUCCCUGACAGGUUUUUGUGUAAUGUAUGAUGAAUAUUCACAGCCAGUGGUAUUUCUCUCACAUACACUAAUGCAAAUUAGUUUUUCUUAAUUAAUACUGAGUUCAAGCCAAAAUAAUUUGGUCUGUUAGCCCCUUAGAAAUAUGUUUUAAGCAGACAAUAACUGUAAAUCCUCUGGAUAUAUUUCCACUGUAUUUCCUGCCCUGCUCUUCUGUUUGGUAUGGGUUUUUUGGUGUUUGGGUUUUUUGUUUUUGGUGGGUUUUUUUGUUUUUUUUUUUUUUAAUUUUAUUUUAAACCCAGUGCAGCAUUUCUCUGUGUAUCUGGCCGUCAAACUGCAAACUUUAUGGUCAGGGCCUGUAGAUAGCGUUACACACACAGUUUGCCAAGGCAGUUCUAUACUUUUUCAUUUAUUUUGUGUCCUCUGUUUGAUACAUCUCACGUUUCCUGCUGUCUGCUAUUAGUCCUUUUGCUGCUGCUUCUCUCCCUGGUGCAUCUGCUCACACAGAUCCAGGAAAGGGUAAAAGAACACUUUCUGCUCUUCAUAUUGGUGGUUGGAGCUGGGAUUUAAAUUGUUGCUCGGGUCUAAUCUGAUUGAACAGACUGCAGAUAUUUCAGAGUGGGUCCGUGUUUGAAAAGAAUGUUCACUUGCUGCUGCAUAUUUUUAUUCUACUUCAUUCUACUCUCUAAAUUAUAUCCUUUGGUGAGAUUAAUACAUUUAUAGAAGAGAAAGCAGUGAUUUUAUUGCUGAAACAGAUAUUAAAAGACUUUAUAUUAAA